AUGUCGACAUCCGAUGCACUCCCACCUGAUGAGAACCGGGGCCCCACCCUCAACAUCGUAUGCUGGCUCGGUGUCGCCAUCUCAACUACUUUUGCGCUGCUUCGUCUAUACAGCCGAAAGUAUGUCACUCACACACUAAAUUGGAGCGAUGCGAUUAUUGGCGUUGCAGUGUUGCUCCAUAUCACCUCUGUUUCACUCAGCAGUGUAGCCAUCAGCUACGGUACUGGACGCCACCUGGCCCAUAUACCCCCAGAAAACAUCACUCCAACCUUGUUCUACACCAUAAUCCUGCAGCCAAUUGGUAUAACAGCUUUCCUGCUACCAAAAUGGUCUGUGGCUAUGCUUAUCGUGUCCUUGAUGGGCGUUGAAAAAAAGGGGGCGUGGUUGUUGUGGACCACGAUCAUCAUUCUCUUUGCCACCAACGUACUGUCCUUUAUCAUGACUUUUGCGCAAUGCAACCCACCAAACGUCGCCUGGCACCCGGAGAGAAUAGAAGAGGCCGAUUGCUUACCUCCUCAUGUAACGGUCUAUAUUAGUUAUGUCGGAGGCAGCUGGUCUGCGUUUACAGAUUUUAUCCUAGCCGUGUUCCCCGCUUUCCUACUUCGUAAUGUUCAGAUCAAAAGAUCGAAGAAGAUCAAAGCCGUGAUUAUCAUGGGAUUUGGAGUUUUUGCUACUAUCGCGGCUGUAAUAAAAACCACACAGCUGAGCCAAGCUGCUUCCCAAGAUUUUCCCUACGAUAUGUUCUGGUUGGUCCUCACUGCGUUCAUCGAAACCGACUUUGUCAUCAUCGCGGCCUGCACUCCCAUGUUGCCUGGGCUAAUCAAGAAGUGGAGGGGCCAGACAGCCACGAGGAAGAGCUAUGGGUACAGUGGAGGGACAAUCGGGUCUGGUGGUCGCCGUUUCAUGAUUGACCCGGAUAAUGCAGAUUCGGUCGCUCUCACAUCUAUGACGACAAGCCAUGCCGUUGAUAAUAAUAACCGGGCGCCUUCACCCAUGUUGUGAGGCGUAUGUCCUGGAAAUCUGGACUGUAUAUAAUGUAUCUGGAAGAAUUCUAAAUGUUCUCUGACGAAUUCACGCAUUCAUUCCGAUCACUUUCCUAGUGACUUCCCUCAUGACCUCCACUUCCUUCGAGUGAAUGCGCUAGUUCACUAUCUUUCCAAUGUUUGAUACCCUUUCAUAGCUCAAACAUGUAGCAUGAGGUGAGAGGCAGCAAUGGCCCCCAAAAGCUCGUAUGAGACUGGGGCUUCCGAGCUUCUGACAUCAGAAAAUCAGCAAUGUACAGAUAUUGUUUGUCGCGCAUGAGGUGAACAAUUGAUCAAGCGGUUCCUGCUGGCAGGUCGCAUAGGUACGCGCACAUUCAUCGGCCAUCUCCAGGGCGAGAAAGUGCGGUAACAGCAAUAUCUAAACGCGGCACUCGUUC